AUGAAUUCAAACCCAUCAUCUCCGACUACGAAUGGUCGCCUUUCCUUUGAAACUGUUAGGAGGUGGAAAAUCGAACAGGUUAAAAAUUGGCUACAAGAAAACAGUCUCGAGGUAUAUCAACAGAACUUCGAAGAUAACGAUAUUAAUGGUAACGUGCUUUUAGAGUUGGACUAUGAAGUGCUUAAAGAGAUGAAUAUUGGUUCUAUAGGGGAUAGAGUCAGAGUAUUGUCGGCGGUGAAAAGUUUAUUAAGAAUGUGUGUGGAAAGUAGCCAUCCUAAUUAUUUUGGCCUCAGCAAAAAUUACACCGAUAAGAUUCCGGUGAAAUUGGUUUCCACCGUUGAAAACGCCAAAUCGCGUUACAUCAAAGUUAUUGGAGAGGAUAAAACGCGAACUAUCGAUAUAAAUGAUAUCAGCGAUGCUCAAUCUAUUUUGGCCAAAGUUUUGCAAAAGUUCAAUAUUAAUGAAGACGUUGAAAAAUAUUCUUUGUUUACCACAAGCGAGACGGGGACUGAAUAUUUCCCCGGUCAUGCUAGUGAGGAGCUGGAACGCAGUGCGAGGAAUUCUAUCAGGAGAGCCUCAAGGCUUUCGGCUGCAUCUAGAUAUUCAAAGACAAGGUCCAAACACAUAUCUAAAUUCUAUGACGAAGAUGAUAUAAAUAGUAGUGGUCUAUUAGCUCCCCCAUCGGACGAUCCCAGACCGACGAUCCCUGAAGAGGAAACCGAGGAAGCUGAGGAAUCUGAGGAAUCUGAGGAAGCCGUGGAAGCCAUGGAAGCCAUGGAAGAAGAGUCUGAAGAAUUUGAAGAAUAUGAAAAGGAAGAUUGGUCUUCUAAUGGUAAACGGUUAUUUGAUCGUCAACGAAUUCGCAAAAGCAUCCGCUCUAAUGAAAAAAAAAAAAUAAUCCUAUCGCAAUCAGAGAAUUCGGUUUUUAAAUGGAUCAAGGGUACAUUUAUUGGCAUGGGGUCCUUCGGUAGUGUGUAUCUUGGGCUCAAUGCUGUCACUGGUGCAUUAAUGGCGGUCAAACAACUGGAUGCUCUGGAACGAGAGAUUACAUUAUUGAAAGAUUUGCAUCAUGAAAAUAUAGUACAAUACCUAGGUUCACAGCACGAUGGAAAAACGUUAAACAUUUUCUUGGAAUAUGUACCCGGUGGAUCUGUCGCCUCAAUGCUCAACACCUAUGGUCCGCAAGAAGAAACGUUAAUUCGAUCCUUUGUAAGGCAGAUUCUGAAAGGAUUGAGUUACCUCCAUGAUAAAGAGAUUGUUCAUCGUGAUAUAAAGGGCGCCAAUAUUCUAGGCAAGGAUUGCUCGUAUAAUCUUGAUACUUCAUAUUUUUUUCGUUAUAUAUCAGAAUUUAUGGCCGCGCAGAGGACAUCAUUGCAAGGUUCCAUCUUUUGGAUGGCUCCCGAAGUUAUAAAACAGACAGCUUAUACGAACAAAGCUGAUGUGUGGAGUUUGGGUUGCUUAAUUGUGGAGAUGUACACCGGAGAACAUCCAUUCCCAGAGCUUAAUCAGAUGCAAGCAAUGUAUAGGAUUGGGUCACAAUCUUGUUCUCCCAAGAUUCCCGACUGCGUGUCUAACGAGGCAAGAGAUUUCCUUAAAAAGACCUUUGAAUUGUGA